AGUUUAGCGCAUUCUUUUCCAACGAUCUGCAAUGGAUGCUUCUCGACUAGAACAGCAGAGUGCGACAGCUAACUUUUUGGCACAUUGCAGAAAUUUUAUGGCGGCCCCAUCGGUUCUUCCCAUCAAUUUUACCCCGCCUCAAAUAGCUCAAGUGUGCGAAGUUUUGGAGGAAUCCGGUGAUAUUGAACGGUUAGGGAGAUUUCUCUGGUCCCUUCCAGUAAACCCUGCAGCGAUGGAGGCUCUAAAUAAGCACGAAUCAAUCCUCAGAGCUCGCUCUUUAGUCGCUUUCCAUACAGGAAAUUUCAAGGACUUAUACCACAUUCUGGAGAAUUAUAAAUUCAACAAGGAUUCGCACCCGAAAUUGCAAGCUAUGUGGCUCGAGGCGCAUUAUCAAGAAGCCGAACGUCUCCGCGGUAGACCUCUUGGACCAGUCGAUAAAUACCGUGUACGUAAAAAGUAUCCACUCCCUCGCACAAUAUGGGAUGGGGAGCAGAAAACACACUGUUUCAAGGAAAGAACAAGGAGCUUGUUGCGAGAAUGGUACCUACAAGAUCCUUAUCCAAACCCAGCCAAGAAGCGAGAACUAGCCCAAGCUACCGGACUCACGCCGACACAAGUUGGCAAUUGGUUCAAAAAUAGACGGCAACGAGAUAGAGCGGCGGCUGCCAAAAAUAGAUUGCAGAACGCCGAUAGAAAUUCACCGUCAAGAUCGCCUCCAGUCUCGCCGGGAGUUGAAGGCUCCACAUCUCUAAGCGAUCCUCAAGAACGAGCCGAAACACCUGAUUCCUUCAUAGACCCAGGAGAUUCGAAUUCAGACUUUUCCUCAACACCUCCACCGUCGUCAGAACAAAAUGAUCUUGCCGCUACGCCUAAAACCAAAACUAAUGAUAAUGGGUCGGAAGAAGUUACCAAGGAGGAAGCUUCAUCUAGCGAAAAAGAAAGACGUAGCGCUAGUCCUAGUCCGCGAUUAUCUUUCGCCCAACCGCUAUUUCCCAGACCUCCCACGGAUUUGCUGCCUAGAGACUUUUUAGCUCAUCAUCCUAGAUUUCUAUUUCCUCCUCUAGCACCGUUUGGAUUGGCUGGUUUUCCCAUGUUUGCACCGCCUUUAGGCAUCCAACACCAGCCUCACGAUUUGUCGACUAGGACUCAGACUUUGGCUCAGGCAGCGGCCGCAACAGCUUCUGCAAAUUCACCGCUUAAUUUAUCUCACGUUCAGUCGGCUCGUUGAGUGGAAUUUGCCUGUAUAACGAUGCUUUAAUUAUGCCAUGGACAAAGACGCUACAAUACCAAUGCCGAAAGCUCGUAAUGUUAGAAACUUUGUAUACUGUAAAAAGAAAAAAGAACUUAUAGUCAUUAUAUACAGUAUAUAUAUACAUAUAUUACGAAAUACAUAUAUACAUGUAUGUACUUGUAAAACAAUAAGAAUUAUAUAUAUAUAUUAUAUAUACAUAUAUAUAUGUAUUUGUAUUUUUGACAUAUACAUGUAUACAAA